AUGGCAUCUUUCAUGACUCACUUUAAUAAUAAAGACGACAAUUUGGAAACCUACAGCAUCUUUUGGUUAGAUGCUUCAGUACACAAUAAAGAGAAUUUGGAUGCUAAAAAACGUUUACGAAGUAUUAUUAAUCGAUUGCAAACCUUUGUUGAUCCCGACGAAUUUAUGGCACGUGUACGUUGCAUUUGUCAAGGUGAUCUUGCAAUUCUAAUUAGGCAAAUGAACAAUGGAGCCGAUCAUACAGCAAGGUUAAAGCUGUUUGCAAUAAACUGGAUGAUCUGA